AUGACCAGGGGUGCUUGGAUGUGUCGGCAGCAAGAUGACGGCUUAAAAAUCUGGUGUGCACCCCGAGAGAACGAAAAGCCAUUUACUGAUUCUGAAAGGGCCCAGAAAUGGCGACUGUCCUUGGCAUCUCUCUUGUUUUUAACCGUUCUGCUUUCUGAUCACUUGUGGUUCUGUGCCGAGGCUAAAUUGACACGAACCCGAGACAAGCGGCUGGACAAGUUAGCAUUCACGGACAUGGGCGACUACCCAAGCGCAAACCAUAUACUUUCAUCCAACCUCCACCCCCUUCACAGCAGCCUCACUCAAAAGGAAAAUGCUAUUUUUAUAGGAAAUUCUACCAAGCGUUUGUGGCGACUAGAAACUUGUCAUCCCGAUAGUUUAUCGAAAAACUGUUUUACUUUUGACGACGCUGAACCUGUUUGCAGCGGCCUUUCCGACACGACUGGGAGGCAGUCGGCAGAUUUGAAUUUAAGCGAUUUAUAUCUUUCUUUUUGUAAUUCCUAUUCUCUUUUGGAUUUGUUUUAUGGGUUCUCGAGUCCGGAUAAUUUAACCUGCAGCCUUGACAUGAUUACGGGUGGCGAUCAAGUAGGAUGCAGUCAAUGUGUUGAAGCGUACCAGCGCUAUGACCGGUAUGCUCAGGAGAAAUACGAAGAGUUUGAGGUUAUGAUUCAGAAAUAUGAAACGGAUGUUUAUUCGGUGAGAACGUGUAUGGAAGAGUGCAAGGCCGUCUACAAGCCCUGGCUGUGCUCCCAGUACUUCCGGAUGACGCAGAUGCAUUGCAGCAACAAGAUCCCGUGCAAGCAAUACUGCCUGGAGGUGCAGCAGAGGUGCCCGUUCAUAUUGCCGGACAACGAUGACCUCAUUCACGGAGGAAGCCCCAGCUUUAUCUGCACAGGGCUUUUAGAAAACUACCAGGCCAGCACCGAGACAGAGACAGAGUGCUGUGACGUCCGGUGGGACUUUAAACCCGACAGCCGAUCCAGGGGGACGGUGCACAGGACUCACCCAUCGUGCCACCACCGGACAUCGGUCACCACCUCGGCGGCCGCCAGACUGUGCAACAGCAGGCUGAAGCUGUGUGUGCUGGUUCUGGUCCUCCUGCACACCGUGGUCACGCUGACCACUGCGCAGAACUCCACGGGGCUGGGUCUGGGGGCCUUCUCCGCCACGGAGGAGAGCGCCGCCAACGAGGAGUGACCGGCAGGGGGAAGGGGGAGGGAACA